CAAAAGUGUGAAGAACAUUGAGCAAUAUGGCUGCCUUUUAUUUAGUUAAUUUAUUUAUUGUGCAUUUGUUGUGUUAUUACGAUAAUAAUUAGUAGUUAUUAGUUAAAAAUUUAAGAAAUUUAAUAUAAACAUGGUCCAGAUGAACUUGGUGUGUGUCGUGGAAAUUGAUGUGUGCCGAUGAAGAUUUUCGUGUUAUUGCACUUGGAUUGCCUGUUCCAAGAUACAUUGGUAAUUUAUUGGGUCCACCGUUAAGAUCAAGAUUUCAAGCACGAGAUGUAUCACAUCUUAGUUACCAGCUUGAUGUGAACUUUGGGUGCAGGACGUGGUUUUGUUUGUACAGAUUGCAGUGAGUUGCCACAGAUUUUAAAAUAAAUUUUUACAGCAUCUGUUUUACGAUAACGAUAAAGAUAGAUUUAUUAUUAAAUUCU